CAUUUGAGGACUACAAAUAAUUGAUACAAACUAAGCACCACUUUAGCUGAACCGCAUUAAUAUAAAGUCAAACGGUCAAAGAAUGUUAUCAGUGCUAUACGCAGCCUUGCCUUUAAAAUAACCAAAACCGUCUAGCAAUUGAAAUGUUCUAAACAUUUUUCUGGGCGACGGAGGCAGUCGUCGGCAUUAGGGUCAGCCGUCGCGUAUUAUGGGGACGCCGUGGACAGGACACAACUUAAGCCUUCCAGCGUAUCCUAACGCACCUACUCCUGGGACGGGAGGCGCGUUUACAGGCAGCCCCGCUGGGAGUCCAACGGAACCCCACCCCAGCAGCUCCCCGCGUCAGGCAGCACAAGCAGCGGCACAGCCCACACCGCAGUCCACUUCGUUCGAACAGGACGUACAGGCUCCAGCCCAAGAGGGCCCGCUGACCUACUAUCCAACCUUCAGUGUUGUCGAUCCCCGCCAUAAGUGGCAGCGCAUACGCGACUGGGCGUCUAAGGACAGCGCCACCGCAACUGGCCCCUCCGGGGCCAGUACCGGCGGUGCGAGCCCGGGCACCCCACCAAUGGGCACGCCGCCUGCAAAUGCAGAGGAAGUAGACGUCUCAGCCAGCAUCGACUCGACCCUCCUUGAGCUAGAGCUAGAACGCGCCCGCGCAAGUCUCAAAGCAGCCGCUGCAGCAGGGGGCAGUGGAGGAAUCUCCUCCGUUGCAGCCGCCAUCUCAGCAGCUGCUGCAGCAGCCCAGGCGACCGCCCAUGCGGUGGUCCCCACGUCCAAAGGUGUCGCCGCUGGUGGCGGGCCCUUGGCCGGCCCAGGGUUUAACGUUGUUGGCCUGCCGGCCCGGCCUCCCUCCUCGUCCGCCAGCGGGCUUCAGCCACGGGCUGGCGCCCCCUCGCGGGAGCCAAGCUUCAGCGGCUUCGGCUCCGGAGCAAUUGGCCCGCCUGGCGCCCCGCAACUCACAAGCAGCUUGUUGCCGGGGCAUGUGUCGGGCGGGUACCGGCCAACCACGUCUGUUAGCACGGCUGCGACGGGGAUGACGACGGCUGCCAGCGGCCUGAACCCCCAUACCGGUUACCCGCUGCACUAUCAGCCCAUGCAGCAGCAGCAGCUCCAUUACAUCCCCACCACCACCGCCCCGAGCGGCGCCGCGCUGGGCAUGCCGCGUGCGGAGAGCUUCUCAGCCCACCAUACUGAACCGCAGCUUAUGCCUUCCAUGUCGGCCCCCGUUAGCAGCGCCGCUUCCAUACCCGGCGGGUUUCUUGGUCGCGGCGGUGUCGGUGCCAGCAGCUAUGUUGCUGCUAGUAGCAUGCAGCACGCCCAAGCACCGCUGGCCACCGUAGAGCGCACUGCCCUGGAGGCGCGCUGCCGGGCUGCUGAGGAGGCGCUGGCGCUGACAGAGCGGCGCCAUGCGGGAGAGGCGGAGCGACUGCAGGGUCGCAUUACGUCGUUGGAGUCGAGCUUGGCGGCGGAGCGGCAGCUGUGCAGCCAGCUACAGCAGCAGCUGCAGGGAGAGAUCCAGCGCCUGCGCACAGCGACUGAGGCUGAGACGUCGGCUCGGGCGGCGGAAGCGGCUGCACGGGAGAUGCUGUCAGCUGCCAACCAGUCGCUGGAGCUGGAGAGGCGUCGCGCUGUUGAGACCGCACAGCAGGCGGCGGAGACGGCCCGCGAGUUGUCGUCCCGUGUUGCCGCCUUGGAGGCGGAGAGGUCCGGCUUGGAGAAGCAGAUGCUGCUGGAAAAGGAGCAAUCGUCACGGCUGCAGAGCCAGCUGAAAGACGCCCAGCGGCAGGAGCAGACGCUGCUGGAGAAGCUGGGCACGUCUGAGGCAGCUCGGCAGCAGCAGGAGAUGCGGCUGGAGGCUGCCGCGGAGCAGGUCACCACGAUGCGCAACGAGCUGCAGCUGCUGAACGCCAAGCUGGCAGCCCGCGACAAGCAGCUGCUGAAACACGUGCAGGAGAUGGAGGAGACCCAGCUUGCCACGUUGCGAUCCGAGCUGGGCGCCGCUCAGCUGCGUCUGCAGCGCCAGGAGGUGCACUACGCGACACUGCGCAGCUCGCUGGCGGCGGUGUAUCAGGCGCUUGGGCCGCAGGCAUUGGCGGCUGCGUUUGGCUACUCUGAUCAGCUGCUGGGAGGCUUCACGGCGAGUGCGGCGGAGUACGGAUCUGUGGCGGAUCGACUGCUGAGUCAGCGAACGGUGGAGGAGGAGGAUGCGGCGGCGGUGGUGGCGCGCGUCAAGGAGCUGGUCACGCAGACUCGGAACCUCUACAUGUCGACGGAGCGACGGGAGGUGGCCAUGGCAGCGGAGAUGGACCAAGCGCUAAACACGCUCCGGCAAACCAAUACGGACGCGGAGGCUCGGCUGGCUAGCUGCAACGUGGCGUUACGUACGGCGACGCAACGGGUUGAAGAACUCACGGCUCACCUACAGGAGUCCCGCGCACGUUGCACCAGCCUGGAAAACUCCCUCCAAGCGGCGCAGAGGGCAGCCCAAGGCGAGCGCCGGCACUGCGAGGAGCUUCAAUCCGCUCUCAGCGAGCUGCAACAGGAGGCAUCGACCCUCCGCGUACGAGCCGCCGACGCAGACGGUGCUCACAACGAGCUGCAAGCCAGUAGGGAGCAGGUGCUGCAGCUGCAGCAGCAGGUGGCUCAGCUGCAGCUGCAGGCGGAGCAGCUGGGCAGUCUGGCGCAACGCAACAAGGAGGCGGCGGCGAGCAAGGAGGAUCGCGUUCGGGAGCUCCGUUCAGCCCUGGCUUCGGCGCUGGACAACUCAUCGGCGGCUGAGGGUCAAGCGGGGAUGCUCAUCCGGGAAAAGCAGCAGGCCCUGGACGAGUUGGAGUAUGAGAGGCGGCGGAAUGCCGAGCUGGAAGCUCUCGUGCAGGCAUCCGAGCAGCAGCUGAAGCGUGUACGUGCCGAGGCGGAAGCCACUGAGAGCUCCUACUGGCAGCUCAGUCAACAGGUCAUGGAGGCAGCAAGGGAGGCGGCUGCUCGAGCGCGUGAGCUUCAACAGGUGGGAGGGCCGCGUGCGGUGCCCAUGCUGCUGUACGCGACGCCGGAGCACCUGAGCUCUGCUGCUGAUGACGCGGCGUUGCAUCUGGCGACGUUGGAAGCUGCCAUGGAGGGCAACCGGCCGCGUACGGCUAACUCCAUGCAGCGUGGUGGUGGUGGUGGUGGUGGUGCUGCUGCUGCUGCUGCUGGAGACGGCUGGCACGUGGAAGUGCUAUCCCUGGGCGGGGCGGACGUCCCGCAGGCAUGCACCCGCGCCCUGCUCGGCCACAUCCAGUUCCUCUCCACGCAACAGGCGCUGACUCAGCAACAGCUCAUCACUGCGCAGCAGCAGCUGCAAGGCCUUGCGAGGUUCCGGAGCGCGCUGCUUGCCCGGGGUGGCGACCUCGCCCGGUCCCGAAGCCAGCCAACUGCUGAGGCGGCCGGUGGCUCGGUUAAGGACGCUGUACGACAGUCGCUGUCCAUGCAGGACCGCGCCUUGGCUCUACCUGCCUCCCCAGGCGCUGAUGCCUUACAAGGAAGUGCUUCGCAGCAUGCCAAUGCUCCGGUGCAUGAGCUGGCAAGGAACGUGGCGGCUGCGGUAACAGAUGCCGUACAGGCUCUUCAGGAUGCUUUGGAGCAGGAGGCGGCGACAGCUCGCCGCGCAGACCAGGUUACGGAGGCUCUCCGUCAGCUACAGCAGCAGCUUGAGGGGGCGCGGCAGGAGGCGGCACAGGCUGCAGUCUUGAAGGAGAGCUUGGUCGCAUGCGAGGCGGAGCUGCAGCAGGUGAAGGCCACCGCGCAAGCCGAGUUCACCCGGGUUCACAACGAAGUGACCAAGGCGUUUAAGGUAGCGGAGCAGGUUCGCGGGGAUGCCCUGGUGGAGGCGGAUGCGCGGGUCCGCGCCGCCGAGCUGGCCGCAGCGGAGGCGAGCGCGCAGGCGGAUGCGCGCGUGGCAGCAGCCGAGCAGCAGACUGCCAACACGGCUGCGCGAGUGACAUCACUACAGACGGAGCUCGCCACCACGAGGUCUCUGCUGGAGGCCACCCAAGCAGAGAUACUGGCACUACGGACGGAGCACUCCGCGGGAUUGCAGCAUGUCAGCUCGCUCACUGAGCAGCUGCAGCGUGCGAAUGAGGAGCUAGUGCAGUUACGACAGGUGGCUGGUCCGGCAACCCGGGAGCGUCUCGUCAUGGCUGCAAAGCUUCGAGUGCUAAGGCGUAAGCGGUCGGAGCUGCAGCGGCGUCUGACGGAGGAGAGGCGCCGUGCCCAGAAGUUGGGAGCGUCCGACGAAGCACGUCGCAAUCGGAUCAAGCAAGGCGUUGUCCAGCUCCGGCAGCUUCAGAUUGACAACAUACAGCUGAAAUCUCGACUCCAGGAGACGGAGAGCCGGGCAUCCCGCACAGAGUCCUUGCUGUCGAAGCUGGAAGAGCGCAGGAUAAAUCUGGAGCAGGAUCGCAAGGCGCAGUCGGAUAAGGUGUCCAAGCUAACAGGCCAGCUGGCGGACGCCAACAAGGCCCUCGAGGCGGCCCGCCGCGCUGAGACGGCUUCCAGGAAGGAGCUGGACCGCCUGGUGCGGGAGCAGCUGGAGCCGCAGCGGCGGAGGACGACAACGGUGCUUGAGGAGCUUGAGCGUGCGGCGGCGGCGCUGCAGGAGAGCCAGGCCAACGCCACUCGGCUUCUUCAGCAGGGUGAGGAGCUGCGAGCUGAGUUGGAGGAGACGCACCGUGCUGCUGCGGAGGAGGCCAUGCACGCGGAGGAGCGCCUGACGGCCGCCAUGCGGGAGCUAACCGAGCGGGACGCGGUGAUUGCGGAUCUGCGGCAGCAGGUGACGGCGGCGCAGGCAGCCGCUGCCGCUGCGGCGUCAAUGCUGCCGGCCAUUUCUUCGGGCCAGCUAGGGGACGCGGCUGCCAUACAGACGCACCUGAUCGGUCAACUGGGGCAGCUACAGGCGGUCAACGUUGAGUUGGAGUCCAAGCGCGCUGCGGUGGAGGCGGAACUUGAGACGCUGAGGGUCCGUGUCAGUCGAGCUGAGACCGCCGCCGCAGCAGCAGCCCGCAUGGACACCCCGGCUGCAACCGAGCCCAGCGCCUUCCCUCUGGCCUCGCCGCAUACGGCGCCCGCCUGCACUCCGGAGGGGCACCUGCGCCUCCAGGUCCGGACGCUGGGCGACCUGGGCAGCACCCCGCGCGGCCUGUCCAGCCUGGGAGCUGCUGGCCCAGUGUCGGGUUAUCGUGACGACGGCGCUGCCAGUGUGGCUCCCUCGUACACGCGAGACCUGGACCCCGCAUCGCUGGCUGCCAAGGAGCAGCGCAUGCAGGAGCUCCGAGCCGCCCUCUCCUCCCUCAUGGCGGAGCGAUCCGCGCUGCAACAGGAGCUUUCAGCAGCACGCGCUGACGCCAGCAACGCUGCUGCAGCGGCCGUCAAGGCAGCAGCCGACGCUAGGCUGCAGACCGAGGCCCAGCUGGCGCGCAUACGCGAGCUUGAAGAGGAGGUCCAGCGCUCCGCGGCCGCACUUCAGGAGGCCCGGGAGGCCUUGGCUGCGUCGGAAGGGCGGCUUGCGGAGGCAGCUGAUGUGGGUCAAAGGCAGCUGCAAGAGGAGCUCGAGGCGUGCGUGCUGCGGCGGGAGGAGGAGCUGAGGGCGGCAGCGCAGCAGGCAGAGCAGCAAGCAGCGGAGCGGGAGGCAUGGUGGCGAGGAGAGGUGCAGGUGAUGGAAGCCCGCGCGUGGGAGGGUGAGGCAGCGUUGGAGGCGUUGUGGCGGGAGAAGGUGGAGUCGGCGGAGCGGAGAGGCCGGGAGGAGGUGGAGGCGGCGGAGCGGCGGGGGCGGGAGGAGGUAGAGGCAGUCGAGCAGAAUUGGAAGAGGGAGGUGGAGGCGGCGGAACGGCGGCUUGCGGAGGAGGUGGAGGCGGCGCAACGCACUGGCAAGGAGGCGGCGGAGGCAGCGGAGAAGCGGGGGCGGGAGGAUGUGGAGGCGGCGGAGAGGCGGGGACGGGAAGAGGCGGAGGCGGCGGAGGCUAGGGCGCGUGAGCAGGUGGAGGCAGCCGAACGUCACGCCAAACAGGCCAUUGAGGAGGUGCGCCUCCAAGCCAUGGAGCAGGUCGCAUCCCUGGAGCGCCGGCUGCGCGAGGAGACUGCUGCCCUGGAGAGGCGUGUGCGUGAAGCCGAGCGGACGGCAGCGGACGCUACAACACGCGAGGAGGAACGCUCACGCCAGGCGGACCGAGCUCGAGAACAGCUGUCUCAGAUGCAGGCUCUGCAUGCAUCAGCGGAGGAAGCGGUACGACAGCUGUCAUCCCAGCUACGCGAGCUUCAGCAGGGCGGCAGCAACCAGGCGCAAGCAGCCGUGGCGGAGGUACAGCAGCUGCAGGUCACUGUGGACAGCCUUCGAAGGGAGCUGUCCCUUGCCCGGGACAAUGCAGCCGCCAAUGAAGCGGAGGUACGGCGGCUGCAGGCGCAGCACGAGGCGACCGUAGCGCAGGGCCGCUCGCUGGCAUCUGAGCUUCAGGCCCUCAGUGACGACCUGUCCGCUGCUCGCACCCGCAUCGGCGUGUUGCAACAGGAGCUGGUGGUCCAGCAUGCGGAGGCGGACACCCUGCGGCAGGCCAACCAGACACUGCAGGCGGGGCUGUCGGCUGCGGAGGAGCGUCACGUGGACAGCGAGGCACAGCUGGUGGAGGCGGAGGCGGCGUUGUCGCGACAGCAAGGGCUGGUACGGCAGGUACAAGCGGAGAACGAGCGGCUGCACGAGCAGUACACCCAGCUGCAGCAGCAGCUGCAGCAACUGACGGCGGAGCGGCGGGCGGCCGCAGUGGCGGCGGCAGCGGCCACGGCAGCCGCCGGCGCGGAUGUGGGGCUGCUGAGGUCCGCAUCGCCUCCGCGCGCAGGUGUUUCCUCCUCGCCCCUUGGCAGCGGCAGUCCGCCGCGGCCUAUCCGCGAUGGAAUGUUGCCGGGCAGCGAGGAGGGUGGAGGAAGCGGCGGCGGCGGUCGUAGCCGACGUGAGCGGACAUCUUCGGCGGUUUUGGAAGCGAGGCUGCUGCAUGCGGCGGUUUCGGAGCUUGAGGCCAAGGCGGAAAGCCUGCAGCGCGACCUCUUAACCGCAGAGGCACGAGCCAAGCAGGCAGAAGACGAUGCCCAACUACUCCGCAUCGAUCUAGACACCGCAACCAACCGUCUGCGGGCCGCGGAAGCCAAGGCAACGGACAUGCAGGGCCGCCUUGAGGCCUCCCUGUCGGAUGCGGCCCAAGGUGUGGGCUCGUUGCGCGGUCAGCUGCUGGAAAUGGAGCUCCAGUUGGACGAGAUACGCGACCGGGAGCAGGCCAGCCAGGCUGCGCUGUUCCGCGCCAAUGCUCGCUGCGAGGAGCUGCAGGCAGCGCUUGCGGAGGCGGAGCAACGUGCGGAGGAGCUGCAGCACCGAUGCGAAGACCGGGAGCUGGAGGUUGGAGUGUUGCAGGCUCAACUGGCGUCUGCAUCCGCCCAGCGCCUCGCACAGCUCGCGGAGGCGCAGCAAGCCGGGGAGCCGCAUGGGUCGGGCCAGGCUUCGGCGUCUGCCCUGGACAUGCAAGUCCGUGAGCAGGCGCUGCUGGUGGGCACGCUGCAGGCUGACCUUCAGGCGGCGUUGGCGCGGGCGGAGGGCGCCGAACGGGAGCUGGCCGAGAGCAGGGCUGCUGCUGAGGUGCUUCGCGGUGAGGUGGCGUCCCUGGAGCGGCAGCGGCAUGCGGUCGCCCUGGAGGCGCGCAACACCGUGGACACCGGGGCGCGCAUGCGGGCUGAGCUGGACAAGUUUUCAAGCAGGCUGACAGAGGUUGAGGCCGACUUGCUCAGGGCACAGGAGGCACGAGACCGGGCCGUGGCACAGGCUCGCACCGCUGAGUUGCAGCUGGCGGAGGAGCGGACUGAGGCGGAGUCGCUGCGCUGUCAACUGGCGGCUGCAGCCAACCAGGGCCGCGGGGCGGACUCGCUCUGGCUGCAGCGAGUGGCAGAACUGGAGCGGGCGCUGUCAACCGCCAGGCAGCAGGCGGCGGAGGCGGAGGAUGCGGUCGUGGAGGCGGCUGCUGCUCAGAUGCGGUCGGCUGGCCUGGAGACGCGCGUGCGGGACCUAGAGGCGGCGCUGGCGGAGGCAGAGACGCGAGUGGCUGCGGCAGCAGAGGGCGAGACGCGCACGGCAGGAGCACUUGCUGGAGAGCGGGAGGCACAUCGUCAGGAAGUUUCCGCGUUGCAGCUGCAGCUGCGAGGCCUACAGGACAAGCUGGCAAUGUGCGAACGGCAGGUGUCGGACCGUGAUGCGCGCAUUGAGGGCGCAGGGCAGCAGGCAACGUCGCUUCGCGGCCACGUGGACGCCUUGGAGGAGCAGCUGCGGGAGGUCCGCCGGGAGUUGCUGAUGGCAAGGAAGGAACGAGAGGCACUUGAACAGAGAGUUGCAAGUUUCGAACAAGAGGCUGAGGGCGCCCGCAGCUCGCCACAGCAAAACGAUUCGGCCAGUGUAAGCGGCUUCAGUUUCGCAACAUCCCAGGUGCCGCAGCAGCAUCUUGUAGGGAUGCUAUCCGAGAACCGGGACUUGCUGGAAAAGCUUGCUGCAACCCAUUCAAAGUUUAAGCAAGCUAAAGCAAAGCUGGCGCAGAAGGAGCAAGAGCUUCGCAGUAAAGACCUCGAGCUGGAGCGCCUUCGUACGCAGGUGGCAAAUCUCUCAGUAUCGACAGACCCUGGCCAAAUGUCGACGAUAGCUUCCAACAGCGCGGACCCGCUGGUUAGCGCGCUGCGGUCAGAGCUUGAAGCUUACAAGGCUGCCUUAACAUCAUCGCAAGAAGAGGCUGCGGCCAGCGCCGCAGCCGCUGCUGAGGCGCAAGCACGAUGCGAGGCGCUCGCAAUGCGCCUGCAGCAGGAUGGCGAGCGGCGAGCGUCUAACAGCCAGGCGAGCAGCCGCGUUGUGGAGCAGGCCUCCCCCAGCAUGAUGGAGCGCCUGAUGCAGCAGGGGCGUGCUGGCAGCCCUGGCGGUGGGGACAACAGCGCUAGCAUGCAAGCCUUGGCCCAUAAAGUCCGAGCGCAGCGGGCAGAAAUAGAGACGCUCACUUCGGAGCUGCAGGCUGCUAAUGCGAAGCGCACCGAGCUUGCCAAGCAAGCUGCCGCUUUGGGUCAGCGUCUUGCAUCGGCCGAGAUACGGGAACGGGACCUUGCAUCAACCGCGGAGUUGCUGCGGCAGCAGCUUGCAAUGGCACAACAACAGCUGGAGAGCCGCCAGGCCAUGCUGCAGCAGCUCAUAUCAGCCUCGCAGCAGCAACAUCAGAACACGCUUGCACAGGCGGCGCACAAGGCGACCGCCGGGGGGCCUUCAGGUCCUCCCAGUCCCACUAGCACAUCCCGCUCCUUGGGCUUGACAGCUGCGUCGGGCGCCGGCGAUGGCUUUGACGACGUUCUGCCGUCCACCUCAACAAGUCCCCGCUCGCAGGCGACACGUGCCUACCACACCACCUUCACCCUGUCGCCAACCCGGGCUCGCUCCGCUACUGCGUCCGCACAUGCGCACUCCGAGGGCUUCGCUGCCGCUGCCGGCGUGACCGCCUCCCAGCAGCAACUGCUGGCGGCCCAACAGCACCAGCAGCAGUCCUUAAAGCUGGAUCGCGUUGUAGCCAUGUGGAGGGACGCGUGUCGGGCCAAAGAUGCUCGGCUGCAGGAGUUGCAGGCGGACCUUGCGACCUACACCACGCAGCUUGAGCGGGCACGGGCGGACGCCUCGUCCCUGACAGCCAAGGUGCUGGAACGGGAGCAGGCGCUAGCGUCCUGCGAGCAUCAGCUGGAGCUAGAGCGGGGGAGCCUGGGAGCACAGCUGCGUGCGGCAGAGGACAAGCUGGCCGUCAAGGCGCAACAGCUUGCUGCCUUGGAGGACGAACUGCAGAGUCGAGAGCAGGAGCUGCGGACCACUCGCGCGCAGCUGCAGGUCGCGCAGCGCUCCCUCUUGACGCUCCAGGCCGAGGGUGAGGCGCACCUUGAGUCCGCCAACACCACAGCGGCGGAUCUGGCGGCGUCGCAGCAGCAGGUGGAGGCGCUGCAGGCCGAGCUUUGGGAGUUGCGGCAUCAGAGCGCCAAUGCCAGGACGGAGGCUCAGCAGCUGACUGAGCAGAUGCUGCCGCUGCAGGAGCAGCUGGGCCGGUCGGAGGGCCAGGUUGCACAACUGCUUGUGGUCGUCCGCGGCGCCCUUGCUGCUGGCGCCGCCUCAGCCCAUCAGCAGCUGCAGACCAGCGCUGGCGGGACUCUUGCAGACUUCCCAGAAGCCUCCUUCGGAGGGGCGCCUGCUGCAGCUCCUGGCCCCUUGCCAACCUCCCUUCGUUUGCUGGAGGAGCUCACCUCGGUGUUGGUGGAGGAGCUGCAACGGCGCGGGGCUGUCAUGGGCAGGCUCGAGGGCGAGGUGGCGGGGCUGCAGGGGCAGCUGACAGCACGAGAGGAGGACGUGAGGCGCCUGGAGGCGCGGCUAAAGUCCGCGCAGGACGGUCUGGCUGCCCGGCUGGACGACGUGUCCCGACUGCAGACGGCGCUGCGCCGCAAGGAGGCGGACUGCGAGGCGGUAGAGACAGAGAUCUCGGCGCAGAUCGCGGACUACCAGCGGCUCAAGCAGCGGCUGUUGCAGCAGGAGCGCGACAGCAGCCGGCUGUCUGCUGACCAAGAGGCGCUGUUGCGUCGCUGCGACGAGUUGGAGGGAGCGCUGGCUGCCAAGCAGGAGGAGUGCGCGCUGCUCAACAAGAAGUGCGCGCAGCUGGAGGAGCAGUGGCAGGCGGGCCGGGCUGCCAUGGCUGCUUUGCAGGAGCGUGUGCGGUCGCUUGAUGCGCAAUCAGAGGCACUGCAGCGCAGCGGCCAGACCGCGUCGCUGGCCCGGCAGGAGGCGGCAGCGUCACUGGAUGCAGCCCGAGCUGACCUGCGAACAGCGACGCAGCAGGCGGCUGCCUACCGGGAACAGCUUGAGCUGCGAAAUAACGAGAUCAGGGAGUUGAACGCCAUGCUGCAAGCCUGGGAGGCACUACGGCUGGGCAAGGACGCCCAGAUCUCGGCGCUCAUGGAGCGGUGCAAGCGACACGAGGAGGACGCGGCGGAGAAGGCACGCACCGUGGAGGCGCUGCGCCGAAAGCUGCAGGCGUUCAACGGUGUAACAGGGCGUGUAUCCCUCAGCGGAGCACAGUCCGGCGGCAGUCCGAGCGGCUCCGUUGUCACGCCUCACAUGGCCAACCAGCAACAAUCGCAGUCGAGGCCCAUGUCAGGGACUAGCGGCACCUUGGGUGGUUCUCGUCACAUCCAUGUUCAUAUGCAUGGGCCGGCGGUGUCACCCUCUGUAUCCGGGGUUUCUGGCACAGGAUCAAACAUUGCACGCUAACGAUCGGGGUAUUAGUAAUGCGUACCGUAUUCGCUUGCUAGGUGUUGCUUGUAUUGGUAGAUGUUGCUGAAUGCCUGUGAAUUUGCGAAGAACUAUUCACGAUGUCCGUCGCCGGCAAAUCUGGAGAUCAAUUUCCGCAGUUUGGGGCUUUAGGUUUCGAAAUGCCGUGACAGGCGUAAUUGCACCAUGGGUAGCACGGUUAACAUGUAUGCACUCGAAUCGGCUUUUUUAUUUCGCUUCCUCAGGCAAAUGACAGCAGUAGAGCCUCGUGCUGAUGACGCCUGAGUGCCCAAGCGCAACCAGUUGGAAGCAGCACGUUUAUAUGCAAGCAGCCAUUAUGGUUACAAUGUUGUUCACGAGCGGACGCCCACCCUCCACCUUUCUCAGGAGGCACACUAGCGCGGAGAAACAAGGAGAAAAGACAUGAGAAACAGCGCUGAGCUUAGUCAACACGCUUCAGCAGUUUGUUCGUUUUUGAGCAGGAUAGGAUAACCGCAACAGCCGCCGUGCACACAGGCAGACUGGAAGGUUAAAGCCAUAUAUAGAAGGUAACCAGCGUUCGAACCAUGACAGUUUGCCAUAUAUAUAAGGUACCGAGCGUUUGAACCACGACAGUUUGCGUGCAAUAGGGAUAAAGCAGCCGCACCGCUCUACACCAGCAUGCAAGCUGCAGCAACCCCUCGCAAGACAGCAUACCCGCUCACGUAUACACACACAAACGGAUUGUGCAAUCAUGCACGCUCCAACAUAUACACAACCAUGCGCACAGCACGGUAACCACAAUGGUCGGGCACAAACCUAAGUUCCUCUCCACUUAGCGGUGGCAGUCUACACGGUCAACAACCUAACCUCCAGUAGCAACAAUUCAUACGUUUGGCCAGAACGCAUGUCCCACGAGUAACGCGUUUCCUCCUAACGCAAAGAAAGACGUAAGAAUAACGGACUACACGGCCGACAACAGCCGCCACACCAACCACUCCUGCUCCCGGCUUAACUGACCUAGUGUUCCAAAUGCCGGUCUCGCAUACGAGCAUAGCAUGGCACUACCACAUAUCGAAUGCGCCCGGCACUCACAGCUGGCACCCGACGGCUAUUACGACAGGCAACCCUUCGAAGUCCUUAUCACAAAAGGAGGGAAGGACAUGGCGAGUUCUCGCUCGCGUACUAUGACCUCACUGGACAAAACCAGGUGUCGCUUCAUACAUGUGAAGCUCAUUACAAGCGUGCUGUCGGCACUAACCCUCCAAUAGUUACCACGCCCUGCAAAACCAAUAGAAGCCCGCAUCAUUGAAACACUGUGUAUGCGUUCGUAAGUGAAAACUCCAGAAACAACCAAAAGGCAGCCCUGCCAUGCAGCCAUCUAGUGAACGUUAGGCAGUAUCACCCACGCGAAGGUCUGCCACGCAAGCUAUGGCCGCUAGCCUCGCCCCGCACAGUUCAUGCUUAUAUAAAUUGGCACAAACAGGAACAGUCAAUUCAAGUCGCUUAGUAGGGAGUAGUAUGAAACGCAAUGAAAGUGUCCCACAAAAGAUAACCUAGCUUUCACCCUCAAUACGAAGUCAGUCGUUGUUUGCCUCGCCUAAACCAAUGCACAUGGCAUCGUGUGUUAAUAGCCACUACAACAGCAGCGCACAUGCCGUGCCAUAGGGCACUCAAUCAUACGUUAUUCAGUUCUCCCUACUACCUUGAACCCAUACCAAAUCAUCCCGACGAAACCCAAACCCCCAAACCCAACACAGCAAAGUCCAAGAUGACCGCUCGCAUCCCCCUCAACACGCCCCUGACUGCGCCAAUCAUCUAAACCCAACCCCUACACACCCUGUAUAACCCAAACCGAACCCCUCUGCCCGGCUGAUGAAUGGAACCCUGGAAACCCGCAUCACCUCGUGCCGCCCUUCGUCACGAUCACAUGCACCCGACCGGUGUCCAGAUCGUACACGGCUCCCGCCAGCAGCACCUUGCCCCGCUGCAGCCCCUCCUGGAUGAUGGUGGAGCGCUGGCAGCGCUGGAUCUGGUACUUGACGUUCUCCCGGACCACCUUUUCUUGCCGCUCCUCCUCGCUGUCCAGCAGACGCUGAUGCGCCUUGGCUGAUACGCUGUCGACGCGCGCGAUGGCCACGUCCAAGUUGCCCACCAGGGUGUCGAUGAAGCCGGGGAAGGCCUUGCCUGUGGGGGUUGUGAAGGGUUCAAGUUCAGGGUCAAGGUGAGGAAUGCCAAAGGGUGCAGGUGUGUUGCUAUGGGGUGUGGACAAGGAGGGGUGAGUUGGUGGUGCUAGGGCGGAGUGGAGCAGCGAUUUGGGUAGGGUAGGCGGGUGGGGUUCCUCCGGCUAACUGCCAUGGGUUAAGGAGUCUUGUGAGCAUGCAUAACGAGGCAGAUUGCCCAAAGAAACCUGAUGGUUAAGGUGGAAAGAGCGUGGCAUGGCCAUGUAACCCAGACGAUGAUACGCCGUUAGGCAUGGCCCGGGUACAUACCCGAUAACGCCGCGUGGACGGCUCCGCACUUCGUGUGUCCAAGGAUCAUAACCACUUUCACCCCGACGUGCAGGACGGCAUACUCGAGGCUUGCUACCUGCUCCGGCGUUGCUAUGUUUCCAGCAACGCGGCAGACGAAGACGUCGCCGAAACCCUGAUCGAAAACGAUUUCAGCUGGUACACGGGAGUCUGCGCAUCCAAGGAUUGCCGCGAGCGGCUUUUGCUUAACAGAAAUUUGCUUCACUCGAGAAAAGUCCUGGUGCGGAUGGACGCUUGCUCCGCUUAUGAACCGUGCAUUGCCGUCCAAGAGAGCCUGCAGCACUUGUUCUGGCGACGCGCGGUCUGUAAGCGAGUUGACCUUGUCUAAGGACGCCUUGCUGUAUUGUGAGAUCCCGCCGUUGCCUAAUUCCUGGGAGCCGCCUGUCAGCGUCAACUGCAAUGGCAAAGUUACUCUCCUUCAGUGCUGGUACUUGCAGCUACAAAAGCUCCCAUACGCCAUGUAAAAUACAUCAUAUAACAAUCGUAUACACCCAGCAACAGCCAGCAGGCCCUGAAUUGCCUCUCUAACUCACAGUGUUGGCCUCGGAAACUGCUUGCGGCAACGGAACAACCCGUGUAAUUGGUACGUCGUUUUCUCUUUGUGCGCUUGCGCCGCAACCCAUUCUUAUUCAGCGGUUGGCGAGGUGUUAGGCGCCGGAGGCAGCAGAACCUAACACAAAGCUGACAGCAAAGAAGCUAAAGGCUUUUCCCCUCUAUAAGGGAACUAUAAUUGUUGGAGUCUCAGCCCGUCUCAGCCUCCAAUUUUCAAUCAUAGCACAGAGCCCAUCUUGGAAAUACUGUCAGCAUGGUUGCGAAUAGUUCCUGUGAUUAUAAGAUUUUGAAGUACCGGUAGUAUGAGCUUGAAGUUCCAAAUGGUGUAAGCUGAGCAUUUGGGAGAGGCUGACGAAGUCGACGAACGACGCUUCUUUUAUGCCGUACGAAUAGUAUCAACCAUGGUAAUUCCUAUCAAUGUUUCCUGCUAGGUGCGUAACCUUAGGGUAAAUAGCACUCAAUACGGUAGUGCACGGCCCCUUGCUAUUUGUCCUCGUUACGCUGGAAUAGUGCCCUCUUAGCGUUUUUUUGCUGGGAAGCAUGGCCCAGGUUGCCGCUUUGCUGGUCGCCACCUCCUCAGGGCGAGGAUUGGCAGAGGAACUUACAGCUCACGGCAGCUACACAUCGCUUGUCGAGGGCCCGGAUGGAGUGCCUAAGGUCCUGUUGGGCGUCAACGGGCAACCAGUCCUGAAUCACUGGCUGGCUGCCAUGGCACAGUGUUCGCGGCUACAACCCUUGGAUCAAAAGGUCUUCAUCCUCUGCAACGAAGUCAACGUGGAUGCCGUACGCGCCUGGGCAUCCGAGCCCGCCUUCUCAGGCGGCGGCUUCCCCCUAGAAAACAUCCUCAC